UUUCUACUCAAAAAAAAAAAAAACAUUUCCCGUCAUUUCUUCGAUUUUCUUUCCUCCGUCGAAUUCAGACCGUAUACAAAAUCAAAAUGGGCAAGGAUCUGAGCGACGAGCAAGUCUCUUCAAUGAAGGAGGCUUUCACUCUCUUCGACAACGACGGCGACGGCAAGAUCGCUCCAUCGGAGCUGGGGAUCCUUAUGAGGUCUCUCGGCGGCAACCCAACCCAAGCCCAGCUCAAAGCUAUCGUCGCUGAAGAGAAGCUCACGGCGCCCUUUGACUUUGCUCGCUUUCUAGAUCUCAUGUCUAAGCACAUGAAACCUGAGCCCUUCGAUAAGCAGCUACGCGAUGCCUUCAAGGUUCUUGAUAAGGACUCCACCGGCUUUGUCGCCGUCGCUGAUCUGAGACAUAUUUUGACUAGCAUCGGAGAAAAGCUGGAGCCCUCCGAGUUCGAUGAGUGGAUCAGGGAAGUCGAUGUCGGGUCGGAUGGGAAGAUCCGUUACGAGGAUUUUAUUGCCAGGAUGGUUGCCAAGUGAGAGACGCCGUCAUUAACUGUUUGUUUGCUUUUCGUUGGAUGAUUUUUUCUCGGAAGCUAGGGUUUGACGCGUUUUUCAAAAAAAAAUUCUCUGCUUGUUUCUAUGGAAGCUUUGGAAGUAAUGGUAACACUAUUUUUUUUUUUA